AGUAGUCAACUAGCCCAACCUGCAAACCCAUAUUCAAAACCUUAAACCCUACCCAAAACACCACUCUACUCUCUGUGCCUAAAACCCUAAAGCCAAAUGGAUCGAAAGCUCUUCACGAAAACCCUAAUCCGAAAUGCGAUUGCGAGCAGAUCGUACUACACGAGUAGGACCAAAAGGCCGAGCCUGUACUCGCGAAUCAGUCCUCUGGGAGACCCUGGCACAAGCGUGGUACCGGAGCUCGAUGAUUGGGUCCAUGACGGAAACAAGGUUGGGGUCGCCGAGCUUCGUCGCAUUGUUAAAGAUCUUCGCAAGCGCAAGAGGUUCACUCAGGCCCUAGAGGUUUCUGAGUGGAUGAAUAAAAAGGGUAUAUGUAUAUUUUCACCGAUUGAACAUGCGGUGCAGUUGGAUCUCAUUGGCAGGGUUCAUGGAUUUCUUUCUGCAGAGAGUUAUUUCAAUAACUUGAAGGACCAAGAUAAGACUGAUAAGACGUAUGGUGCUCUCCUGAAUUGCUAUGCUCGACAGCUCCAAACUGAGAAGUUCUUCUCACAUUUGAAGAAAAUGAAGGAGAUGGGUUUUGCUUCAUCAGCUCUCAAUUACAAUGACGUGAUGUGUCUCUACACAAACGUUGGCCAGCAUGUUCUGGUUCCUGAUGUACUAACUGAGAUGAAGGAGAACAAUGUUUCCCCUGACAACUUUAGCUACAGAAUAUGUAUCAAUUCAUAUGGUGUGAGAUCUGAUUUUGAGGGAAUGGAAAAAGUUUUAAAAGAGAUGGAUUGCCAACCUCAUAUUGUCAUGGAUUGGAACACAUAUUCAGUUGUCGCCAAUUUAUACAUAAAAGCUGGCAUACCCCAUAAGGCGAUUGACGCCCUGAAGAAAUCAGAAGAGAAGCUAGAUGAUAAAGAUGGACUUGGCUACAACCAUCUCAUUUCACUUUAUGCAAAGCUAGGGAAGAAGGACGAGGUCUUGAGAUUAUGGGGUCUGGAGAAGAGUGCUUGUAAAAGAUGCAUAAACAGGGAUUUUGUCAAAAUGCUGGAGUCUCUGGUGAGGCUUGGUGAGCUUGAAGAAGCUGAGAAAGUAAUGGAGGAGUGGGAAUCAUCUGGGAACUGUUAUGAUUUUCGAGUCCCAAAUACAGUCAUUGUUGGGUAUUCCGAAAAGGGUUUAUAUGAGAAAGCAGAAGCAAUGCUUCGAGACUUGAUGGAGAAAGGAAAGGAUACCACUCCUAACAGUUGGAGCCUAGUGGCAGCUGGUUACCUGCAUAAGGGUGAGAUGGAGAAAGCUCUAGAAUGCUUGAAAGCAGCCUUCUCUCUACAUGUUGAGAAUAAAGGAUGGAAGCCCAACCCUAAGGUGUUUACACGCAUACUGUCUUGGCUUGGUGAUAAAGGCAGUAUUGGAGAUGUAGAAGCUUUUGUGAGCUCGCUGAGGACUGUCAUCCCAGUGAAUAGGCAGAUGUAUCAUGCUUUGAUUAAGGCACAUAUAAGAGGUGGUAAAGAAGUGCAUGAACUUUUGCAUCGCAUGAAAAUUGAUGAAAUAGAUGAAGACAAAGAAACAAAGAAAAUUCUUGGCAUGAGGGAGACCUGAAUUUAUUACUUCUUCUGGUGGAACAUAAUGGCUAAUUUUGCUUUUGGAAGGUCGUUUAUUGCUCAAAUGAGGUCAGAAUCUUCGAAAAGCGUCGAAGUAUCAAAUUGUAAACUGCAUUGCUGCAAAUUGAAGGAAUCUGAAACAGUCUUUUAAGUUAAGAUUUUUAUGCGCAUGAUUUUCUGCUCUGUAGAAAGUUUCAUAUUCAAAUUCAACCCUGCAGUCUUUGAUGUACGUAAA